CAUAGGAGGAUGUAAUAGGAAACCAGCCCUCUCUCUCUCUUUCUCUCUCCUCCUCUCUUUUCUCUCCCUCUCUCUCUGUCUCUCCGUCUCUCUCUCACGCACUCUGGUAGUCCAGUCCGUCUUGCAGGCACUUGGAUGAAACUGCAGCAGCGCUCUGUUUUCUGCCCUCUUUCUGAGAGAGCCACCAGGGAACCGCCUCAGAGUGGGACUUAAGUGCAUGGGCCAGGAUAGAAGUAGGAAGAACUUGGUCUGCACCGGAGCAAAUCAGGGGAACCGGGGGUUUUUGGAUCGGGACAGAAGCCGAGCAGGAGAGGAAGCUUCCGAGUAAGGUUAUUUGUUGUGGUUCCAGAAGACCUCUUGUCAUGGGGUGGCCGGAGAAGGUCACAAUGGCCUUGUCCCAGGGUGGACACAUCCUUCUGGCUGUCUCUCUCCUCCUGACCUGUGUCUCCAGCUUCCUGCCUCCACUGCCAAGAGUCUUCCUCACUUUUGAAGACCUGCAGGCAUCCCAGACCAUGGAGUACUAUAGUCUGUCAGAGAAGCCCAUGGACUACAGGAUCCUGUUGAUGGAUGAGGACCAGGACAGGAUGUAUGUGGGCUGUAAGGACCAUGUCCUGUCUAUGGACAUCAACAACAUCUCCCUUGGGACGCUCAAGGUUUUUUGGCCUGCCUCUGUUAGCAAGAUCGAGGAAUGCCAAAUGGCUGGCAAGGACCCUACGCAUGGCUGUGGGAACUUCAUUCGGGUAGUCCAGCCAUACAACAGAACCCAUUUGUUCAUCUGUGGAAGUGGUGCCUACAGUCCUGUCUGUGCUUUCGUCAACAGAGGUCGAAGACCAGAGGAACAAGUCUUUAACAUUGACUCCAGAGCGGAAUCUGGCAAGGGGAGGUGCUCCUUCAAUCCUAGAGUCAACACUGUCUCUGUCAUGCUUAAUGAGGAGCUGUUCUCUGGGAUGUACAUUGACUUCAUGGGGACAGACGCUGCCGUUUUCAGGAGCCUCACCAGGAGAAACGCUGUGAGGACUGACCAGCAUAACUCCAAAUGGCUGAGUGAACCCAUCUUUAUAGAUGCCCAGUUGAUUCCAGAUGGAUCGGAUCCCAACGAUGCUAAACUGUAUUUCUUUUUCCGGGAGAGGCUGACGGAUAACAGUGGGAAUACCAAAAACAUUCACACCAUGGUGGCUAGAGUGUGUCCAAAUGACACAGGUGGCCAGCGAAGUCUGGUGAACAAGUGGACCACAUUCCUGAAGGCCCGGAUGGUGUGUUCAGUCCUGGAAGAGGACGGCACCGAGACACACUUUGACGAGCUUGAAAGCGUAUUUUUGCUGGAAACAGAUAACCCCAAGAGCCUUCUGGUGUUUGGCAUUUUCACUUCCACUAGCUCUGUGUUCAAGGGCUCAGCCGUCUGUGUUUACAACAUGGCGGACAUCCUGACGGUCUUCAACGGCCCAUUCGCUCACAGGGAUGGGCCUAACUUCCAGUGGGUGGCAUACCAGGGACGCAUCCCUUAUCCCCGACCUGGAACAUGUCCAGGUGGAGCCUUCACGCCACACAUACAGAGCACCAAGGAGUUUCCAGACGAGGUGGUGACGUUUGUCAGGAACCAUCCGGUCAUGUUCAAUCCCAUUUACCCUGUGGGCCGGCGACCCUUGGUGGUCAGAACACACACCGACUACAAGUACACGUCGAUCGCUGUGGACCAGGUCACCGCUGCAGAUGGCCAGUACCAAGUGCUCUUCCUGGGCACAGACAAAGGGACAGUGCAGAAGGUCAUUGCUCUGCCCACCAACCGCUCCUUGGAUGAAGAUCUGAUCCUAGAGGAGCUGGAAGUGUUUAAGAACCAAGUUCCAGUGACAAACCUGAGAAUAUCCUCCAAAAAACAACAGCUAUAUGUUAGCUCAGAGCAUGGCGUUUCCCAAGUGUCUUUGCACCGAUGUCAUGCCUAUGGCUCUGCGUGCGCUGACUGCUGCCUGGCCAGAGACCCCUACUGCGCCUGGGAUGGCUUGACCUGCUCGCGCUUCUAUCCCACUGGCAAGAGGAGGAGCAGAAGACAGGACAUCAUUCAUGGCAACCCAUUGACUCAGUGCAGAGGAUUCAACCUGAAAGCGUAUAGGAAUGCGGUGGAGAUGACUCAGUAUGGGGUGAAGAACAACACCACUUUCCUAGAGUGUCUGCCCAAGACCCCUCAGGCCUCCGUCCGCUGGCUUAUACACAGAGACAAUGACAGAAGGAAAGAGGUGAAGCUGGGUGACCGCGUGGUCUCCACCGACCACGGUCUGCUCAUUCGCUCGGUCCAGCUGUCCGACCAAGGUCUCUACUACUGCCUGGCCACGGAGAACCACUUCAAGCGCACUGUGGCCAAGAUCCGCCUGCGGGUGCUGAGUGAAGCCAUGGUGACUGUGCUGACGGACAAGCAGCAGUCUCCCUGGGCCUGGGCCAACGCCCUGCACCCUAAGGCCCUACUGUCCGCCUUCAGCCCUGCGGAGAGCCUGGCCGUGCAGCAGUACUGCAAGGAGAAGAAGCAGCUCCAGAGCCUGCAUGGGAUCCAGCACCGCCAGGGUCCGGGCGGAGGGCCUCCUCUCAGGGGAGACAUGGCCAAGCUCAAGCCCCUGUUGGACCGCAGAAAGAGCCGCAACCGCCGAAAUCACCUGGAAGCGCACGACGAUGUCUGACCGAGGCGAGCGAGGGGUUAACGGGUCUAUGGAGAGGGAGGUAUACGUAGGCUAUACUGACGCACAUACACACACCUGGUCACAACCCCGGAGCUCCUGCCCAGAGACAAUGGACCUUACCUGAACACUUCUCUUCCUGGCUGCACCUGAGCAAGUGCAGGUGGACGCGGGAUCCAUCCUGCCUGGGGCUAACUGAAGUCUUAAAUGCAUGAGGUACGCUGACCAGAUACUGUGAGAUGCACGCACGCACACACACGCACACGCACACACACACACAAACCUCACGUCCUGUCACACUGGCAAUUUAGACAGAGGCGUUUUCCGUGACCCUGGAUCCAUGUAGAUGAGUGAAUUUAGGCAUCAGGUUCAGGUUAGAUCCUAUAUGCUUAAUCACUGCAUCCAGGAAGCUGCUCCCAUUGUAGUAUGAUAAUACUGGCCUGACAAAUACUGUAGUGGAGUUAUACAGUAGGAAAUAAUCUGAUGUAGUGUAUUACAGUAUUGUCAUGAACCGAAUGUAUCCACAGCAUGGCUUAAUAUGGAGUUACAGAUGGCUGCUUAAACUCCGCUCUCUACUAUACAUCCACUCAUAUUCACAUCAUAUUGGUCUAUAUGAACACUGUUUACAACUAACAUGUUUCAGUUCAUGGCUGUUGUCAAGAUUAAUCCAACCUCUAAUUAUCUGAACCAUUUGUAUGUGCACGUCGUAGCACUGUCUCUGAUAAGAUAGCAACACCGGAUAAGAUAGCAACAGUCUACAAAGGGCAGAGUGUCUAUGCUAAGUGUUCCCAAUAAAAAUAUCACUGCCAUUGAAAUCCAAACGUAGUCGCUAGGCCAAAGUACACUUUCAGCUCAGCCGCCACCCCCAUGGACAGCAUACAUACACUCCAACCUGUAGCCCUGUCUGAGAGAAGAUACAUCGUUGGGAGGGAUUCUGAUCACUUUAUUACAGAAAUACAGGCCACAGAUAAGGGAAAAUGUGUCGUUUCAUAAACAUCACUUAUAAUAGGACGAAGGUCAUAAAAGGUCUCAGCAUCCAUACAUUCUGUCUUUCCUGUAUUUAUUGACAUAGAACAUCACAAUGUUCUUACAUGGUACAGGGUAUUGAAAAGUGUGCCAUACAGUACAAGUACAGUAUCUAUUCUAUUGUCUUAUAAUUUAUUACACUGUGUUGUGUUUCAGCACAGAAGCAUGCUUAAUGUGUAUACAAUUUCUAUAAACCGUGUGGCUAUUUAAAAUACAUAGCUGGUGGGUUGUACGCCACCACUGUACAUCACAAAAACCCAAUAAAUAGUAUUCAGGUAUGUACUGUAUGAGCAUGUACAGUAGGCCGACUAGACAUUGAUAUGAAUGAACGUAAUUGAUUAAAUGAAUACUUCACAUUAUGAGCUUUAGUGUUUGCAAACAAAAUGUAGAAAUUAUAUUUGCUAUAAAAUUGGACUAAGUCUAACUUAAGAAAGCCUUGUUUUUCCAAUAUCUCACCUAAACAGCGCUAAGACAUUUAUUCUAAUAUGUCUGACCAAAGCACCAGUUCCAAACCAAAUGCAAAUGCUGUUUAGCAAAAUUCUAGAAAAUAUGUUCUAGUUCUUUGGCCAUGCAAACCAGUAAUGAAUUUGGUUUUGAGAUAGGAAUGCAUGAGUAGAAAAGAACCCCAUACCUACUGCAAAAGUGGAAUAUUCAUUUAAAACAUUUAUUUUCAAAAUCUUCAUUAAUGUACAAUUUUUAGGACCUUUCCUGAUUUUAUUGUCUGACUGACUUGAUAGAGGAUUUGGUAGGGAUAUAUUAUUUAACCCUUUUACUGAAAUUGGAUUUAACAUACAUCAAGAUAGACAGGAAUAAUUACACUGAUCAUAUAAUGUAUUCAACACAACACUUUGUGAGACUGUCAGUUUGGCUUUCUCUGUUAAUAGUGUGAAUAGCUCUCUCCUGUUUGUAGGUAUGGUUAGUGUAGAUAUAGUAAUGUUUGGUAUGUGUACAGAUUUUUUUUUUUCAUUCUAUAUUUUCAUCAUUCUAACUUAUCGGUCAUAAUGUGUUAUUUUUAUGUGGAUUUGUGCUUUUGAAUGCCAUCCUAGUGUAUAGUAAACAAAUAUAUGUAUUUCAUCAAAAACUGUCUGACUGUAUCUGCAAAUUGCAGAGAUAUCAUUUCAUUUUGACAACAAUUGAUUACUCUUAAGUUUUAAGAUGGAUUUACAUUUUCAACAGCGAAUGUCAGUUCAAUGUAUUUUCCAUGUUACCAUGAACGUUCUUUGUUUAUAUUUAUUGAUAGCAGCCAGAAUAAAUCCAUUUGAUACCCACCCACCCCCCUAAAAACAUUGUGAGGUGUAAUAGAAACAGCAGCUUUACAAAUGUUCUAAAUAUCACCAAAAUGUUAAUUCAUUCAAUGUGUGAAUUUUAUUUUAUUUUGUCAAGGUUUCUUUUCAACAAAUUGAUUGUGAAAAGAUGUUUACAAAUAAAUUAUGAAUGCUCAAUA